AAGAAUAAUUUUUAUCAAAUUUCCCUUGACCACAGUUUAACUCUAAAAAGGUUAAAAAACAAAACCAUGGUUACCCAAACCCACGUCAAAUGAUCAAUUCUCACCCGCUUCUCUCCACAUGCACUCUCUUUCUCUCCCCCUAUAUAUAUGUCUGUUUGCCUUGCUCAUUUUUCUCAGCUUCAAUCAUUCCCUUCCCACGAAUCCUCUUGACGCAAGAAACCCAAUUUCUUCUCCUUCUUUUUUCUCAUUUUCAUGUGCUGAAACAAUGAGUUGCAAUGGCUGUAGAGUUCUUCGAAAAGGGUGCAGUGAAAAUUGCAUGCUUAGACAAAGCUUGCAAUGUAUAGACAACCCUCAAGCCCAAGCACACGCCACCGUUUUCGUCGCUAAGUUCUUUGGCCGCGCCGGUCUUAUGUCCUUCCUUUCCUCCGUGUCCAAACCCCAAAGGCCUGCUUUGUUUCACUCGCUUAUGUUUGAAGCAGUGGGACGCGCUGUGAACCCCGUGAGUGGAGCCGUGGGGUUGCUGUGGACAGGGAACUGGAACGUCUGCCAGUCGGCGGUGCAGACGGUGCUUCGAGGCGGAACGUUGCAGCCGCUGCCCGAAUUUAGCGGCGGGGUUUCAGGGUCAGACUUUGAGGAUGUUUCAGAAACUGUCGGUGGUACAGGUAUGCAGUGUUUUCGGACAAGAGAGGAAGAUUUUGUGAAAAGGAAGGGGUUUGGCGACGUGGUUAAAUGUGAAGCAAACGAUCUUGAUCUCUGCUUGAUGAUCGGUGAUGACAGAGCUGGGAAGAGGAGGAGAGAAGCUACGCCGUCUGAGGAGUCCGAAAUGACGACGUUGGGAAGCCGGUCUGAUGCUGGAGAUGGCAGUAGUUCCAAGGGAGAUGCAAGAAAGCUUUUGAGACUGUUCAUCUGAUAAGACUUCUUCAAUAUCUUAAUAUUUUUCUGUGUAGUGUUAUUAAGAUGAGAGAUUAUGAUCUUUUUCUUCUAUAUUCGGCAAUGGCGAAAUUCGAUGAGUUUUGAACAAUUUUCGAAUUUCCCUUAUAGAGAAACUUUCUUUAUUUUUGAGUUACUAUUCAAUAAGAACAAGUAGCCUUUAUUCCCAUUUUCUUUUGAAUUCAUUUAUGCUGUACCUUAGACACUAUGUUGUGCAAUAAGUAUCAAUUUCUUUUAGAACAGAGAGCAUAUUGCUCGAUCAUUGCGUGUUACACAAAAUUAGAAAUUGAAACCCAUUGGGACA